AUGUCUCGGCGUCCUGCGGGCAACGACCGCGCGGCACAAAACACUCAGACCCUCAAAGCGCUCGUGAAACUCGAAGGCAACAAAGUAUGUGCCGAUUGCAAAAGGAACAAGCAUCCUCGGUGGGCGAGCUGGAACCUAGGUGUCUUUGUCUGCAUCCGAUGUUCAGGCAUUCAUCGCGGCAUGGGAACGCAUAUCAGCAGAGUCAAGUCAGUCGAUCUUGAUUCGUGGACGGAUGAGCAGCUACAGAGCAUACUGAAAUGGGGCAAUACACGAGCCAACAAAUAUUGGGAAGCCAAACUUGCACAGGGCCACAGUCCUUCAGAAGCCAAGAUAGAGAACUUCAUCCGCACAAAGUACGAGUCGAAACGAUGGGUGAUGGAUGGACCAAUGCCAGAUCCGUCGACGUUGGGCGCUGAUGAUGAAGAGCCGUUGAGUAUUGUGCAGGAAAAGACCAAACUUGAGCGGUCGGCUUCACAAAGGACAGGCCAGCAGCCACAGUCGUCGGCAAGAGCGCCGCCCCCACCACGAGCUGCCGCGCCUGCGGUCGAUCUGUUUGGCGAUAUCUCUGAACCUCCUGCCAGACCCAGCACAGCAGACCUCCCUCAGUCCAAGCCUGCAGCGCGGACGGCACCACCUGCUGCCAAACCUGCCCCUAAGCAGGGAGACUCUUUACUUGGGCUCGACUUCUUUGGUGCGCCGCCCAGCGCGGGAGCCCCUCGUCCAGCGAGUGCUGCAUCGAAUCCAACAGCGCCUGCAUCCAAUCCACGAGGAGAUCUCAAGAACUCCAUACUUUCACUUUACAGUGCAGCACCAAAGCCGCAGGCCGCUUCACAGCCCAGUCACGAUCGGCAACCAUCCUUUGGUGGUGUGUCUUCCGCAGCACCAGCCAAGAAGGACGCCUUCGGAGGCCUGGCAGACGCUUUCGGCGGUCUCAACUUCUCGAGCACACCAAGCCCAACAGUGAAGUCGCCGCCUGUGCAGUCAGCGUCGUCGGCUUUCUCAGGACUUAGCUUCCCAUCAGCAGCACCAGCCAAGUCUACGCCAUCGGCAGCUCAGGUGACAUCGCCGCCGCCAUUGAGUGGUGGCAAUUUCUUCGACUCUACUCCUACGAGCCCUCCCGCGCCGCGACCAGGCCCUGUACCUCAGGCGAACAGUAGCCUCAACUUCUCGUUCACUCAGAAUGCUACACCUGCUGCUCCUCCAGCACCAAAACCCGCGCCUGUUCCUGCUGCGAAACCUGUCUCUAUACCUGCUGACAUGUUUGGCGGAGACGACUUCGGAGGAUGGUCAUCUGCGCCAACUACACAGUCUGCAGCUCCUCCUGCCCCGGUCACAGCACCCAAAGUCGCCUCGCCAAGUAUUACAAAGACAUCCAACGAUUUCAGCUCGGCCUUCAAUCUCUCGUCUCAGCCAACAAAGACGCAGCCACCUGCACCCAAGCCAGCGGCAGUGCCAACAAGCAACAACGCCUUCUCGGACCCCUGGGGUUCACUGGCUGCGGCGGAUAGCAGUCCGUGGGGAGCGCCAGAGCCGGUGCCACCCAAGCCAGCUGCUCCCACCGUCGAUCUCGGGAAGGUGCCGUCACGCAUAACACCGAAUGACAUUACAGGCGGGUGGGGAGCGCCUAUAUCGCAAGCAGCCAAGCCUACACGGCAACCUUCGGUCACGGCGGACGAGGACUUUGGGGGUUGGACUUCUGCUUCAGCUACUCAGACGCCAGCUACAAGCAAGCCCAGUGGUGGUGGGUUUGGAGGCGGCCUGGAAGAUAACCCAUGGGGAUGA